AGAACUUUGAGAAGUAAAAACAAGCCCUUCCUUUUUCCUUUACUUGACAUAAACACCCCGUUCCCUCCCAAACUUAUAAUUUUUCUUCUCCUCCAAAAACCUCUUCUCUCCUCUUCCCCCUUUUUUCUCAUGGCUUCCGUUACGAUUGAUUCUUCCUCCGUCACCGUCACCGUUUCCGACGGCCCACUUCAUGCAGAAUCAAUCCCAACCGUCGAUCUACGGCUCCUUUCUCAAUCUGAACUCUACUCCCUCUCCCUCUGUUCCCCUUCCGCUUUCAACCCUCGCCGUGAUGACGACGUCAUUGUCCCUAAAAUCGACCGUUCUGUUUUCAACGAAUCCGCUGGGUCCCGCAAACAAACUUAUUCCCGUCUCCGCCUUGCCCCCGCCUCCUCCGCCUCCUCCUCCUCCUCCUCCGCCCUCCGUAGCCGUACCCCUCACCUCCGUAAUUCUCUUCACAAUCCAUCAUCUUUUAACAACGACCCGGAGAAUUCCCAAAUCGUUUCCCUUCUUAAACAGCUAUUCGGGUCGGGUACCGAAACGAAUCCCAAUCCCUCCGAUUUGAUACCUAUCCGGGUCGAUUAUUCGGACUCGUUAUCCGUGCCCGUACCCUUGACCGGGCACGUGCACGUGCCCGAGUCGUCCAAUGUGGGUUCAAUUGGGCAGAAAAGAAAACGGGGUCGGCCUAGGAAGAAUGAGAACGAGAACGAGAACGUCGGGGUGGGUGGAGGUGGGGGUGGGGUUGAUAAAGGGACUGAUGUGGCAAUAAAGGACAUUGUAGUUUAUCAAAAUGUGGAUGAUAAUAGGGAUAGGGAUGAUAAGGAGAUGUUGAAUAAGGAUGGUGAACCGGUUGAUUUGACGGUUCUGGGGACGUUGGAGGAUCAGUUUGGCGAAGAGCUGAGGCGGAGGACGGAGGGAUUGGGGAGUUCAGAGGAGCUGUUAAGGUUUCUGGGGAGAUUGAAUGGGCAAUGGGGGAGUACUAGGAAGAAGAGAAGGAUUGUGGAUGCAGGUGAGUUUGGGAAUGUGCUGCCAAAAGGUUGGAAGCUUUUGCUUUCUAUUAAGAGGAAAGAAGGCCGUGUAUGGUUGCAUUGUCGACGCUACAUAAGCCCUAGUGGACGGCAAUUUGAGACAUGCAAGGAAGUCUCUUCAUAUUUGCUCUUUCUUCAUGGUGAACGAAAUGAAAAUCUUCCAACAUAUGCUGAGAGUAGUGGAACUGUUGAUAUCACUAAUACCUGUGCUUUAGUUAGUACUUCAGACCUUCAGGAUGGCAGCAACAAUGAAGGCCCUCUUUUUCACAACUCAUCCCCUGCUGUUGAUCAUGGGGAGUUGCAAGUUUUAUUGAAUUUUGGGGAACUGUCAGAGGUCCAAGUAGGAGAUCUUUUGCACUGUGACAAAUGCAAUGUGACCUUUAAUGAUAAGGAUGAUUUAUUGCAGCACCAGUUAUCUCAUCGGCGAAGGAGAUCUAGAAAUGGUCAGUCCAUUACUGAUGGGGUAAUAAUUAAAGACGGAAAGUUUGAAUGUCAGUUCUGCCGUAAGACAUUUGAAGAAAGGCGUCGGUACAAUGGUCAUGUUGGGGCCCAUGUUAAGAAUCAGGUAAAGACUACGGAUGGAUCUGUUUCAGUCAGUGUGGGAGAGUUUGUUGAACCUGUGGCGUCUAGUGGAGCCAUGCUGAGGGAGUCCAUAAUGCAGGAUUCAGUUGUUUCACUGAGGAACCUGACAGAAAUUGCUGAUGUAAGUUCAGAUUAUGGUAGGAAAUUUGCACCUCCUGGUAAAAUCCAGGAGGAGGAUCACAUGGAGAUUGACGAUAAACUAGAAGGUUUGGGUGAGGCUUUGAAUACUGCCCCAAAUAAAACUAACAUGUGUUCAAGUUCUGAAGCAAUUACAUGUAAUAACGUGGGUAAUAUUUAUUGUGAAACACCUUGUGACUCACUGAUUGCUGACGUUGUAGCUGAAGGAACAAAUAAGGGUUGUCAUAACCAGGAAGGGGAUUCUGAGAGCUGUUCUCCUAUUUCAUUGAAUGAACAAACAUGUGUGAAUACAAGCAAAGUGAUUGACUGUUCCAUCAUAGAAGAGCCUGAACAGGAAGGUUUACUUUGUUCAAAUGGCAUUGUUGAUCCGUGUGGUGUUAGCGUGGAAGAUGGCAAGUUUUCCCCUGCAGUGGAAGAGAGCAAAGUAGAGACUGAUAGGUUUGUAGAUAAUGAGUCAACAACUGCUUUAUGCAGUAAUGUCAGUGUGCUGGAUGAGAACAGUUUGACUAAUGCCAAACAAGUUCCAUGCACCGAAGAUCACUCAGGGAAGAAUAUUGAUGUUCUGAAUCGUGUACCCUUUCUGGCAGAAACAUUUAAAGAAAACAGAGGUUUGAGCAGCACAGGUACCCCAUCUUGUGAGGAGGAAGAAUCCACAGUAGAUUAUGUAAAGAGAGCUUUUCCUGGUUGCAUAGGUGAGCAAAAACCUAGUAACGUGAUGUGUAAUAUAAAAAAUGAUGAGUGUGGCAGUCUUGUUGAUUCAAAUGACAAUAAGCUGAUUAUGAAGGCGGAUAGUUGUUCAUUUGUUCCACAUCCAGAUAAACAUGUAAAUACUGCUGAAAAAGAUGUAAGUGAUGGUUCAGCUUGCUUUCUAGAGGAGCCUGAACAGCAGAAAGGUGACGAGAACAGUCUGCUUUCUCCAGCAUGUGACAAGAACGGUGAGGUUGAAGCUCAACUUCUUAAUGAUUCGAAGACAAGUACAGAUGAGCCAAAGGUAAAUGAACUGCAGAGUGUUGGUAGUAAUAUAACAGGAUUUCCUUGUAACAAUCAUGCUGUGCAAAAAGCUGAUGCCAGUGAAAUAGAGAGGGAAAAAAGUCUUGCAUUCUGCUCGCUUUUUCCGGCCACGAAUUUGAGAGCAUCUUGUGCUGAAGAUCAUGAUACCAAAGUUUACCAAAGCACAAUUGAGGUUAAUGAUCAGCAAAGGGCUACAAACACAUUGUUUUCUUUAACCAAUGUACCAGAAGCUUCUACCAAGGAAAAUACCAUGAACAGGAGCUAUAACAACCCUUUGAAUGGAUCUAAAUUUGAUGGUCUUGAAAACUCUAGGCAUCAUGAUCUAAAUGUUGUUUUCGGCAACUCUCAUGUGGAUCUAGAUGCAAAUUUGAACUGUACAACCUUCCAACUUGGCAUGGAGGAAACAUAUGGCGUUCAGGCUAAUCUCCUUGGAAGAUUAGGGUCCGAUAAACAAGGAGAAGUUGGGAUUGAUUUAAGUGAUUCGGCUUUCAAGGGAAAAACAGGAGAUUUUGAAAGUAACUUCAACACGGUUUUUCAUAGUCAAUUGUGGGAUGAACAGAAAGUAGAUGAAGUUGGUGACUGUGGAAAGAAGAUUAUUACUGGGUUUGGUUGUGUAGAUGCCAAACCUAAUGAGGAUGUCAUGGCUGGCAGCAUUUGGAGAACGGGUGUAGAAAAUGUCAUGCAAGGUGACUCAGCAGACAAUUCAACCUCGGUAGUGCAGUCAUCGAACUGUUUCCAGACCUAUGAUGUUUUGUCAGAUAAGGUUCAAAGUCUCUUCGGAGAAAAUGAGAAGUAUGAUGGCAACACAGGCUUUGAUGGGUUGAGAUCAGACCGAACUGGACCAGUAGAAUAUAGUUUCAUGAGCACACAUAGUUUAAAUUCUCUUCAAGAAGAGCCUAGAGCUUUACCUUACGAUGUGGAUAUAGAACAAGGGUUUAAUUCGUCAUUUUGGCUUGGAAAAGAUGAUUUAAUGCCAAAUUUAGCUGGCAGGAAUCAGGUGAUGUUGGUAUGCGUUUGGUGCAGAAAUGAGUUUUAUCAAGAGCCUAACCAGUUAGGAGCAGAAGCAGGUUCAAUUGGUUCCAUGUGUCCAACCUGCAGUGGAAGGAUCUCAGGGCAGUUUAGCUUUUUGUAGAACGACUUGUCAUUGACCAUUCAAUGAUCUGCCUUCUACGUAAUUUUCAGACAGAAGAUUAGGUCAACGGAAGGUAUUUAUUCAUCCCAAGCUGACAAAUAAAAAAGAAAGUCUAGACUAUUGAUGUUAGUUAAGCAGCAUCUAACCUUCCUAUUCUUUUGACUGAAAUCAGUCUAACUACUGACUUUGUUUUAGAAAGAUAAUGAGAUCUUUAGCUUCUUUAGCCAUUUUCUUAAUCAAUGCAGUCCCAAAUGUCUGCUUUUUCACUAGUCAUACAGGAUAUGGUAGGAUCCAUCAGUAGGACCAAAAGAUUUCCUGGAUUAUUAGAUUGGUGUUGUCAUGUAUUACGCCACUUUCUGCUGAAUCUGUCUCCAUUUGAGUUGUGGAUGGAGGAUGAAGAAGUAGCGAUGUCAGUGGGAUGGAGGAUGGAUGAAGAAGCAACUGAGAUCACUUCAUAGAGAUGGCAAUGUGACAUUGAUAUCCUCCUGCUGCUGUGGUCUCACUUAGAUUCUUCUUUCAAAUGAUUUUGUUCUUAUUGCAGAUGUUGAUUUUGCAGUUGAUGGUGAUUUUGUAGCUGUCUUCUUUUUGCUCUUUGUUUACUGAUGCGACUUUUGAAACAUGCA